UCUGUGCAGGCAUUCACCCGGAGCAUCGGCUGCGACAAGCACCUGGCAGUGGCUUAUUUCCAGCGGGGGACCGUGUUUUACCGGAGGCAGAACCAUGAAAAGGCCAUUGAGGAUUUCAAAGAGGCGCUGGCCCAACUGCGAGGCAACCAGCUCAUCGACUACAAGAUCCUGGGGCUGCGGUACAGGCUCUUCGCUUGUGAGAUACUCUAUAACAUCGCGCUGGUGUACGCCACGAUGGAGGACUGGAAGAAAGCUGAGGAGCAUCUGACACUGGCCAUGAGCAUGAAGAGCGAGCCCCAGCACAAUAAGAUCGACAGGGCAAUGGAAGCCAUCCUGAAGCAGAAGUUCUGCGAGCUGGUGGCCAUUCCUGCGGGGAAGCUGUUUAGACCAAAUGAAAAGCAAGUGGCUCAGCUGGAGAAGAAGGACUACCUGGGAAAAGCUACGGUGGUGGCAUCCGUGGUGGACAAGGAUGAUUUUUCAGGAUUUGCUCCACUCCAACCACAGGCCUCUGGUCCUCCACCCAGGCCCAAGACCCCAGAAAUCCUCAGGGCCCUCAAAGGGCAGCCGCACCGCGUCCUGUACGAGUUCAUCCCUGAGACUGCCGAGGAGCUGCAGGUCCUGCCGGGAAACAUCGUCUUUGUCCUGAAGAAAGAGAAGGACAACUGGGCUACGGUGAUGUUCAACGGAAAGAAGGGGAUCGUCCCCUGCAACUACCUCGAGCCCGUGGAGCUCCAGAACAAGCUGCACAUCCAGGAAGAAAUCCCUCUUGAAGCCGAGAUCCCAGAGCCACCCAGCUCCACCGCUCCAAAAAAGCCGCGGCGGCCAGCACCAGACUAUGCUCCUGCUACUGCAAUGCAGCUGAGAGAAGCAGCCAAGGAGGCCGAAGCGGCCGUCUCCAGCCCCCACGUCCUCAAGGUGCAUUACAAAUACACGGUCGCCCUGCAAGUCGAGCCAGGCCUCUCCUACACGGAUCUCCUGGAGCUGGUUUGCAAGAAACUGGAGCUCCAGCCUGAGCAUACGGAGCUGAGGUACAAGCCUGCGGAGAGCCAAGCGCUGGUGACUCUGAGGACGGAGAACCUGGAGGUGGCUUGGAGCCAGAGCAAGGACAACUGUCUGACAGUCUGGUGCGACAUCACGGAGGGAGAGGGGUUUUUACCAGACAGCAAACCAGAGGAGUCGCCGCUGGAGGAGACAGGACCAACCCAAGUUAUAGCGCAGUACAGUUAUGAAGCCACCCAGCCUGAAGACCUGGAAUUUCAGGCAGGAGAUGUGAUACUUGUUUUAUCCAAAGUGAAUGAAGACUGGCUAGAAGGCCAGUGCAAGGGGAAGAUAGGCAUCUUCCCAUCCGCUUUCGUUCAAGAGUCUAACACUAAAGACCCAGAAAUGUGA